AUGGUUCAAAUAUCAUCUAUAGGGGUGAAUUUAAAAAUGGUAAAAGAGUAAAUAAAUGGGAUAUUUUGUAUGAAGAGAAAUAGAUGCAAGAAAUUAUAGCUUAGUGGUGGUGGAUCCUAUGAUGAAGCAGGUGAUAAGAAUGAGAAGUGGAUUGAUAUUAGUGAUGUGUUUUUAGCGAUUACAUUAGUGACUUGUAAUGGUGAAUAUAAAAAUGGGAAAAAGAUUGGUAGAUGGGAUACUUGAUUUAAAGAAUAUGAGAAGGAUAAAUAAAAUAAUAAAAUGUAAAUAUAUCACUUAAUUUUGUAGUGGUGGAGGAUCAUAUGAUGAAGAAGGUAACGGCAGAAAGGUUGGGAAUUGGAUUGUAUUAAAUGAAGCAUUUGAUAAGAGGCAUUAAAUUACUUAUAAGGAUGAAUAAAAAAUGGACAAAAGGUAGGCUUCUGGAAAACAUGUAAAAGAGAAAAUAACAUAUUAAAAUUACCGUAUUGAAAUAAUUCAUUAUAAAUAGAGGGUGUGUCAAUUCUGAUUUCAAUGGCUAAGAGAUUUUUAGAAGUGGAGAGUAUAUCUUGUUCUUUUAUAUCGUAGAUAUUCGAAUUUUAUUCAUAUGGGUAAAUUUAAUAAUGGUAAGAAGGUUGGCACCUGAAAGAUUUGGUUUAAGAGAAUGAAACAUAUAAAUAGAUGUAAUACUGUGAACAUUAAGUGUAAUUAGAGGUGGAGGUUCAUAUGAUUAAGAAGGCCAAGAAAUUAAAAUUGGCGAUGGAUUGUAUUGGGAGAAAAUUUUGAGAAAUAGAAAUAAGUAACCUUCGUUGGAGAAUAUGAAAAUAGGAAAAAAAUUGGUAAAUGGGAUAUUUGGUUUAAAUGAUAUGGAUAAAAUCCACAAAAUAAUAAAAUGUAAUAUUAAUAAUGAGCAAAUUAUUAUAGUGGUGGGGGUUCAUUUGAUAACGGAGGUAAUGAAGUUAAAAUCAGUAGAUGGAAGGUAUUAGAUGAAAAGUUUGGUUUUAAGCAAGAAAUAACCAAUAUUGGUGAAUAUAAAAUUGGGAAAAAAGUGGGUAAAUGGGAUAGCAACCUUCUUGAUGAAGUGAUGUAAAAUCUAAUUCAGUUUUCAAUUUCAUAGCGGUGGUGGAUCAUAUGAUGAGAAUGGCAAUAACAAUAAAAUCGGUUAGUGGAUUGAAUAGGAUUUUGCAUUUAAUAAUCACAACCUAAUAUUGUUUAAAGGCGAGUUUUAGAAUGGUGAAAAAGUUGGUAUAUGGAAGGUUUUUUUAAGAGAUUUAAAUGGAAAAGAAUUAAAUUAUAUGUAGUAAUCUCUAAAUAAGCUACAUAAUUUUAUUAGUUGUAUGGGUCAUUUGAUAAAGGAGGAGAUGGUAUCUAAAUUGUGA